GUGUGGGCUCUCCUCGAGAUCCCCCUCACCAUGUUCCACAACUCCGUGGAUGACCAGUACGUCGACUGCAACCCCUUCAAGCGGCUCACGCUACGAGUGCCCGGAAAGCUUCCCGUGGCGGAAAAGUAUCGCCGGACCUGGGAGACGGCAAAGAGGCACUGGGACAGACUGGGCCCAUCUGUCAGCCGCUUUGAUCCGCUUUACGGCACCGCGCUCGUGGCCUACACCGUCGGGGACGACCUGUACCGCGAUUUCAACACCGCCACCCGGGAAGCUGGGCGAUCCCGCGCCUCUUACCGCCACUAUGCCUUCCGGGACUUCCACUUCCUCCUCACCAAAGCGGUCCAGGCCAAAGCCGGCGGCGGGGUCUGCUACCAGGUCUUCCGUGGGAUCCAAAACGUCCGUUUCACCCUCUCCGACGAGGCGACCGUUGUCCGCUUCGGACAGUUUGCCUCCUCGUCCUUGGACAAAACGGUGGCCAUAAACUACGGCCAGGACACCUUCUUCUCCAUCCGGACGUGUUACGGAGCCCGCAUGGACGACGUCUCGUACCACCCAAACGAAAAGGAAGUCCUCAUCCCGCCCUACGAGAUCUUCGCCGUGAUGGCCUACCAUCAGACGGAAAACGGGGUCCACAUCACGCUGGAGUCCCGGGGCGUUUUCAGCCGUCGCAACUGUGACUCUGUCAACGCUGCGAGGAUCUUCACUGCUACGGGGAUGCCCUUCCUUCUGUGCGGUCUCCUUCUGACCUGGACCACCAUGGGGUCUCUGGGACGCCUCUGA